AUGCUAGACUUGCUCAAGAACAUGGGCUUCACGGACUGGGUCACCAUGAUCCUCGUCCCGGCUUUGCUCACGUUUGUUGUGAACCUCGUCUACAACUUAUUUUUCCACCCCUUAGCCAAAGUUCCCGGGCCGUUCCUUGCCCGCGCCACUGGCAUAGUCUCCUGGUAUUAUGCGCUCAGCGGCCGGCGACACCUCUGGAUAUGGCAGCAGUUCCAGAUAUACGGCUACCGAGUCCGCAUACACCCCAACGCCGUGGUCUUCUGCGACCCCGAGUCGUAUACCGACAUCUACAGCACCAAGUCCAAUGUGCGACGGAGCAAAUUCUACACGGCAUGGCGUCGUAAUGACCGCGACAGAACCACACUCAACUCGAUCGACGUUGCCGAGCACGCGCACAGGCGCAAGCUCCUUAACGUGUCUUUCACCGAAAAGUCGCUGCGGGCGGCCACCGGCUUUAUCAUCAAGCAUGUGGACCGCUGGCACGCGCUCCUGGUAGAUGAGAGUGGCUCGGACUGGUCUGCACCCGUGGAUUUCGCCGAGACGGUAGAUACGCUGGUCUUUGACAUCAUGGGAGACCUCUGUUUCGGUCGGUCAUUUAAUAUCAAGGAACCUGGGGAGAAUCCUUUGAAAGUCGUGCCCCAUAACAUUGCAAAGUAUACUCAGUUUCAAAAUCCGCUCGCCCGCUCCCCGUUUCUUGACUUUAUAGUCUGGCUACAGCCUCGGGGUCUUGAACAAAUUCUUGAAGUCGUUACCCCUCCUGCAGUGAAACAGUACUUCAAGUUUGUGCACGACAGCGUCACCGAUCGCAUUACCUUGCAGGCUGAGCAGGCUCAGAAGCCCGAGAGUGAGCGACGUCAAGAUAUGUUCUACUUCCUGUUCGAAGCUCGGGAUCCGGACACAGGCCUCCCGGCUUACAAGGAGACCGACAUCCGAGCCGAAGCCAACCUGCUUAUCAUCGCGGGCUCGGACACGACGGCAAUCAGUCUGACUGGCAUCAUAUUCUAUCUUACUGGCAACCCGCGCCCAUACGAAAAGCUCGUAAAAGAGAUCCGGACCACAUUUGCAUCAGUGGAGGAUAUUGUACACGGACCGAAACUUCUAGGGUGCCAGUACCUCAAAGCCUGCAUUGAUGAGGGAAUGCGUCUUACGCCGGUUGUACCCAGUGAGCUAUCGCGUGAGGUGCUCCCGGGAGGCAUCACAAUCAAAGGGGAAUACUACCCGCCGGGGACAAUCGUCGGCUCCGCCAAUUGGGCCAGCUCGCGCAACCCGGACGUCUACCCCGACGCGAACGUGUUCCGGCCUGAGCGCUGGAUCGUCGACGAGGCGGCCGGCGUUACGAAGGCUGAUGUGGCCCUGGUGCGGUCCAACUUCCACCCAUUUGCCUCUGGGCCGGGCAACUGUGUCGGCAAGAACCUGGCCAUGACCGAGCUUAUGAUCACCCUGGCCCGGACCCUGCACCGGAUGGAAGUCAGGAGAGAGCCUGGGUCGACACAAGGCGCCGGCGCACCGGAGCUUGGAUGGGGUGCCCGUGACGACAAGCAAUUUCAUCUGUACGAUGCGUAUAUAUCCCUUCGCCACGGACCUCGGGUGCAGUUCCGCAAGAGAACCGCCUGA